AGUCAUUCUUCGCAAGUCUUAACGGUACUCUCUCUAUAAACCCCCCCUUAUCGUUUCACUGUGGAAGGCUGUGCGAGGAUGAAUUCGUGAAGCACACAUGCAAAGGCCUGCAAUUUCUACGGAGACAGCCGGGGAAUCUUGACCAGCAAAGGAAAACCCUCUUCAUUCUCACUCCAUAAAAGAAUGCUUAGAGGGUAUUCUCUGGUAAUCGGAUCCUCUGUGACCACCAACACCAAUACAACAACCGAUGAGCCAAGAAAGAACGGUUUGCGGCGCGGUAAGUGGGUCCUGCGGUCAGUUCGAAGACCUAGAGGUCAACGCCUGUCACUCAAGCUUGAGCCCGCAACUCCAAUCUCAAAGAGGACACGAGCUGGUCCAUCUCCUGUGCCCUCUGCAAACUCCGUCACCGGUGAGAACAAUGUCCAAGUGGAAAGAAGCAUCAUAGAAUUGGAGAUCAAGCAAGAUAAGAAAACCGUCAUAGGAAAAAGCAGGACCAUCACAGAUCAUAUUAACAGCAAUUCCAAUUCUCAGAAAACCCAAGUAGAUGAACUCCCCCCACUUGUGGGUGCAUUAAAAUCUUCAGCACAACAAAAUGCUGCUAGUUUCCACUUCCCCGGGCAUAACAGAGGACGGGCUGCACCGUCAUCUUUAAGUCAGCUUAUCGGUGAAAGGCCAUUUUUUCAUGAUCUACCUGAGCUUCCAGAGCUUGACAACCUAUUUUCUCCAGCAGGGCCCAUUUUAGAUGCGCAAAAACAAGCAGCCAAACUGUUUGGCGCAUCUGAGACAUGGUUCCUUGUUGGGGGUACAACUUGUGGAAUCCAAGCAGCAGUUAUGGCUACAUGUUCCCCUGGAGACUACCUUAUUCUCCCCCGGAAUUCCCAUAUAUCUGCCAUCUCUGCUAUGGUAUUGUCGGGUGCAUUACCCAAGUACAUUAUUCCGGAGUACGAUUUUGAUUGGGACAUUGCUGGUGGGGUCACUCCAUCCCAGGUAGAUAAAGCAAUCCAGGAAUUGGGAAAGGAAGGUCGAAAACCCGCUGCAGUUUUUGUCACCUCCCCAACUUACCACGGUGUAUGCAGCAAUUUGAGUGAGAUUUCGCAGCUUUGUCAUUUGCAUAGAAUUCCCUUGAUUGUCGAUGAGGCUCACGGGGCCCAUCUAGGAUUUCAUCCCCGACUACCUUAUCCAGCCCUCCAUCAAGGGGCUGAUAUUGCUGUGCAAUCAACUCACAAAGUCUUGUGCUCUCUUACACAGUCAUCAAUGUUACACAUGUCAGGAGAUAUUGUAGAUAGAGAUAGAAUAUGCAGAUGCCUUCAAACUCUUGAAAGCACUAGCCCAAGUUAUCUGCUUUUAGCAUCAUUGGAUGCUGCUAGGGCUCAACUUAGUGCAAGUCCAGGAACAGUUUUCAACCAAGCAAUGGAAUUAGCAGUCGAAACCAAAAACACUAUCAACGAAAUUCCAGGUAUUUCAGUCCUAGAUUUCCCAAGGUUCUCCAAUUUUCCCGCCAUUGAUCCCCUGAGGGUUAGUAUUGGUGUAUGGUUGCUUGGACUAUCUGGUUUUGAAGCCGACGAAAUCUUAUGUAGGGAAUAUGGGGUUGUUACUGAACUUACUGGGACCCGAUCUAUUACAUUAGCUAUUAACUUGGGAACUUGUAGAGAGCACGUCCAAAGGCUCGUGUCAGGAUUGAGAAAUUUAUCGGCAACUAAUUUCUUACCAACAGUUCACCAAGGAGAAAAAAGAGAAACGGAGUACGCCGUGCCCUUUAAUAAUGACGAUAUUAGUAGUAACAUAAGGUUGAGUCCCCGAGACGCCUUCUUUGCAAGGAAAAGAAAGGUGAGUAUCAAAGAGAGCAUUGGGGAAGUAUGCGGGGAACUUAUAUGCCCAUACCCUCCGGGUAUUCCAUUGAUCAUCCCCGGUGAGCUCAUCACGGAAGCAGCAUUGAAUUAUCUGCUACAUCUGAGAAGAUGCAAGGGUGCUGUUAUUAGUGGAGCUGCAGAUCCUCUCCUCUCUUCCGUUGUCAUUUGUAGUAGUGGCUAAUAAGCCCCCCCCCCCCCCCCCCCACAUCCCUCUCUCUCUCUCUCUCCAGUAGGAUAAGGCAUGGGACCUGCUGUCCCCUGGGACAUUCACAACACAGAGUGGUAGACUUCUUCCAUUGUCUAUAGUACAUUCCUGCAUUUCAGUAAGAUGGGUUGACAAGCCGAACUCAUUGGUGAGAGAGAGCCUACUAGACUACACUGAUCGCCGAGGAUAACCAUAUCGGGUUAAGGACACUGGCACGGGAAGAAGCCUAGGUUCCCUUUCUAUCUGCCCCACGCCGCUGCUUUCUAGCACCAGGGGUUGGAGAAGAUGCUCUAAAUGUCAUCCCCUCUGUGUGUCUGUGUGUGUGGCAAAUAGCAAUGCCUGGAGUAUCUCAACUCCGACAGUGGAAGCAAACAAUGUUUCCCCAGAAGACGGGGUUAAUCUUGAUUAGUGCAGGGGUAGAAGUUUAUUGAAUGCUUAAUAGUGAUGGAGAGUAGGACCCCUUGGUCCAUCCGGAUUGAUAUACAUGGAGAGAUUUGCAAUGACAUCAAAUGAAUUGCUUUUGACAUUUAAUUUGGUAAGAUGGUCCCGACAGAUGUGCGGUGGUGUCCUCUACAGAUUGUGGUGUGACAGGACAAUAUUCCCUGAUGACAGUACUGCACUACACUUCCACUUUUAUUGUAUGUAGGAUCAGAAUUGGAAUAUUCACGUGACCUUUGCCAUGGGCUUUUUGUGUUUGUAUUCUUCUUUGAUCCCAGUGCUGAAGCUCAUCAUUCAAUCUAUCA